AUGGCAGGCAGCACACACUCAAAGGUCAAAAGCCACCAAGAUACAGCAGUAGCUUUGGGAUCGACAGCAGCCCUUCCAUUCAGAACCAGACAACCAGGAAAAAGACCGUCUGAGGAGGCAAGCAAGAACAAAGAUACCCCUCUCCUCCUCGGCCUACCUUUCGAGAUCCGAGAACAGAUCUAUUCAUACAUUCUCAACUACCAAUCAAGCAAGAAAAGAAGGAGGGGUGAGAAGCGUAAAGCUAUCACCACCAAAAGAUCCUUGCUCUCGGUCUGCCAUCAGAUCAGCGACGAGUAUGGCCCGUUGUACUACCGCCGCCACCCACUCCACAUCAUGGUCCAUGCAAGAUACCUGAAGGCAAAAAUUCUCUGGCGACCGCGUAGAUGCAGCCCCAUCGACUUUGAAAACCUUUACCUUAGGACGCUCGCUGAAUACAGGUUGAGAAACAUUCGGCAACUGACCUACAACGCGACAAUACUGGAAACGCCUUGCCUGCCUGAUAUUUGUACCUCCCCAACCAGGAUAGAUUGGUCGGGCUUGUCGCACUUGACUGGGAUACUGCGCAAGUACGACGGUAUCCUCGAAUCGUUGGCAGAGCUCAAGGUCUAUGUCGAGCCGAACGAAUAUCUUGAAGAAUACAAUUACUUCAGAUAUGAUGGAGAAUCAGUCUGGUGCAUCGCCACCCAGUACGGGCCAUGGGAUGAAUUCGAAGAUGAAUUAGUCAACGAUGGAGGCCCUCUUAAUGGCUGGGAGAUAUCGAGGAACGUGCGUGUUAAGGAUCAAAGAGGCACUGGCGACCGAGGGCGGAUACUCGUUUCCUUCGGCAGUGAGUUCAGAAAGGUCUCUGCAACUCCAUCUGUGGACGAGGACGAGGACAAGCAAUGGACUCCGCCAAAAGUGACUUUGAAGUUGGAGUACUACUGA